AUGCUGGCGCCUUGGAAGGCGCGCGAGGGGCCCAGGGAGCGGUUACGGGACGAAGACGGUUAUCGUAUACGGGCAGCAGGUGUCUGUGUAAACGGACGCGGCAAAGAUGCGAUGGUACUGUUGGUGAGUGGCGGAAAAGAAGGUGGAAAAUGGGUGAUUCCCGGUGGUGGCAUCGAGCAAAACGAAUGUGCUGAAGAAGCAGCUCGGCGUGAACUGGAAGAGGAAGCCGGUGUAAAGGCUCGAGCGGUAGAAGUGAUAGGCUUGUUCCAGGACGACGAUCGGAAGCACCGCACAACAGUCUUUCUCAUGGAAGUAGAAGAAGAGCUCAGUGUCUGGGAAGAGGGCGAACAUGGUCGACGAAGAAUCUGGUUGCCAUUGAAUGUAGGCGCCGAAGUUGUCAAGGUGGCACAUCGACCGAUUCUGAAUGCCGUUCUGGCGCGGUAG